AUGAGUUUGGACGAUGGAAACUUGGUCACAGCACCACACUUGGUCACUGCACCUAGGCGUGUUCUGCCUUUACCUCAACCUGUUUCGAGAUGCCGGUUGACUAUACCGAUGGUUGUGAGUGGAUUCCUGGGUUAUGCCAAAACUCCCCGAUGGGAAUCGGCGUACGAACCGCCAGAGAAGACGACUUCACCAAAAACUGACGCCUUCCUCAAUGCUGCAGACCAAGAAGACCAGCGCACAUUGCGCCAUCCAGUCAUAAUGAUGACUGGAACUGGACUGGUCUGCUCUACCGGCUUCCAGAAUUUUCUGGAAGCGCCGCGCAUGCGCGCCGCCAUCUCUACUCCCCGCAACUUUGCCUACGCCGAUUGGGCUUACCGUUCCCGCCGCCGAUGGAAAAACAUUCCACCAAGUGAAUCAUCACUUGAUGAAAGGAAUUAUGAAGAAUUUUACAAACAGAAAAUUAGUCACACCCCAGUGAAAACCUUGGAGAAGCUUUCCACUGGGGAGGACCAGGACCUGUACAUGCUGACGUCAGCAACCCGUGUGGACAAGGCCUUAUACGAACGCAGGGGAGUCAUCUUGAAAAUGCUCAUAGUGGUGUUGGGAGAUUAUCAAAGAGCGCUGGAUGACCCCAACAGAGUCGAAGUCUACGUUCCCACCAACUCGGUCGUCUAUCACCCCCAAUACGGAACCCCGCCCGCCAGCAACGAAUGGAACCCCAAUUCCCUCAUCCGCUACAAUUUGGCAAUUUUGCCAAUGAGUAUGUUCCCGGAUAUCCUGCCAAUGAAUGCAGCAAUUGCGCCACUUGACGUUGAGUCUGGGAUUUCAACCGUGGAGGACCAGGCUGGGGUCAUUCCUGACUGGACAUUUGUGGACUAUGGGACAUACAGUGACAUCUAUCUUGAACAAAGUGAGUUCAUUGGGUUGGCAGCUUGUCCAAGAAUUCUUAACAACAGCUUUGCUGGGUUGGAUCCACUUGAUGCUGGGUAUUGCUUCAAAAAGGACAAUGUCAAAGACUGUUCUGACACGGGAGAUGCAGGAUCCCCAGUGAUCAUGGAGACCAGGCAAAAUGGCACAAUGAUCAGAGCAUUGGUUGGGAUCCACCAAGGAAUUCAGUGCUCCAACGACUCCACUUCUGCAACGGAAUAUUCCAGCUCCAUGUCAUAUUCUGCACACGCGUCCUUCAUUUGCGGAUAUUCGCCACAGUGCAUCAUUCGAGACCCGACAUGCAAUGAUGGCACGCUGAAAUGCUUCCUGCAAAACGUGUUGUCGGGAAUGCGGAUCAAGCCAGACGCGUCUGCGCAACUAGAACGGGGAAAACAGAAAGGGGACCGGGCAAAUGACCGCAAACCAGACAGUGUAUCGAGGACACGCAAUGUCAUUGUCUGCUUCGGGGCAGCGAGUUGCUAUGCGGGAAUUGCAACAUUUUUCGUGUUCAAAGCCGGAUUCCACGUGAAAAUUAAAUCAACAAAAAGAUCAACGGCGCGCUACAACAACGACGACGACGUACGACGGACAUGGAGAACGGCGCCCUCUACAACCAAACGGAACAUUCAAGAACCGGUCAAAACGGACAAAAAGAUGGGGUCUUUCACUUUGGUGGCAGUGACAUCUAUCCUGCUCUUGGUGCUGGGUGGUCAUCUGGAAGCUUGCAGCAAUGUUGCAGGCACCCUAGUGUGUGAAGAUGUCUGUGAUGUGAAGAAGCCAGGCAGAUUUGGACAUGCUGUUGACUUCCAAGGUACCAGACUGGAUUUGGACUGUGUGAGGUACAAAGGAUUGAAGGUGGUCAAGCUGUUUACUAAAACAUAUUGCAAGGGGAAGACUCAAGGCAUGGAAAAAGUGGUUCAGCCUUGGGAACUGUGCUUCUUCAAGCAUGAAAAAAAACCUGUACAAGUCCAAGAACUUGAGGAAAACCUAAGUCUGACAAAAGAAGAAGAUAAGGAGAUGAUACAACCAACCAAACAGACUCAGUGGGAACCAACAAGGACAAUGGCUCCUGAAGUGAUGAUUACAACCACGGCGGUCACCACCAAGGAACCCCUUACAUCCAAAACUCCAACCCUGACACAGGCAACCACCACUUCUGGACCAGUGAUGACUACAUCCUUGGAGCCAACCACAGCCAAGGUUACCACUGUUCUUGCAGCAUCCUCAGCUGUUCCAGCACCUUCCUGGAGUCCAAUUCCAGCUGUGGUGGAUCCUCUUGGUACUUGGGUUCCAAUGCCGUCUUCUCCCAUGCCAUCCACUGAGGGAUCCCAGAACCUUUCUAGCAUCUUGGAUGACUUGGGUCAGUUUGAUGGUUUUAACCUGACGGCCCGUCGUCCGGAUGGGACCUUGGUGCAAGCGGAAUUCUCACCCUUGUCGUUUUGGCUUGACAUUCUAACCUGGGUAGGCAGUGCCUUGGGUGUCGGCUCUUCCCUCAUCGCUGGAAUUGUCUGCUGUUGCAGAAAUAUCAAGUGCAAGGUCCGGUCCAAGCAACUAGAUGCAGCGGAGGUCUUUGCGCGGCUGGGGUGGCCCCUGCUGCGUGCCUGGAUGCUGCGGAGGAUUCGUUCUAGCCGGGCCAGGACUAUCCCAAGGAACCCAACUCCAAUGCCUGCAGUGGACACUAUCAGCAUGGACAGCUUCCACACU